UACAAGUAUUUUUGUUUCUUCUUCUAGCACGGACAGGCGUGAUCGCAGAAGUUCACGGCGUCUCUACGAUUUGUUGCUUUUCCCCCGGCCCUGGUGCCGACGCAGCUUCACCAGUGAAGACAGCUGCUUCUGCUCCGGAUUUAAACCGCAGAGAGCUCUACUUUCUGUACACUGACCUAUAAUUGCACAACACUACGGAAAUUUACAUUUCGAUCCCAAACAUCAGUGACGGCGCUCCUCGCGGACGGGACAAACUGCAGGAUGGACGAAGAUAGCUGUCCAGAAGUGACAGCGCCAGUCGCAGUGCCAAAGAGGCCGUCGUCAGGCUCGUUGCCGCCUGUCCAUCAUGGAGGCAGCGUGGGCGGCGACUGUGCCCUGUUCGCCGACUGGUCGAUGAGUGGUCCGGAUCGCAAGGUGGAGGGUGCCGACUGUCCCAUUGACGACAUGACAUGGCGAGCUGGCACUCUGAGCCCCGAGACGGCACACUCGCUGUUGCUUCCGGAGGAGGCGAGUCGCUUGGACUUUCAGAGGGUGACCAUAACUGGGAUAGGCAGUGGGCAGAUGCAACCGACAACCAACGAGGUUGAGGAGGUCCACCCGGCCAUUCGCGAUGCCCUGGUCCUUCGUGAGCAGUAUAUGAGGCGCAGCUGCCAGCCGUUCUGCUCCACCACCUAUCGUAUUCUGUGUCCGGGUGGAUCUGGUAUGCAGAGUGAUUCCUCUGCGAAUGCCUGCAAGGCCGAGCAGCUCUCAAUGUCGCAUUCAGAGUCUGACACGCAGUGUAGCUACGGCGACGUCACGCUGCCGCAGGCGAUGCCGGGGCGCGUCGCAAUGGUCAACGGCAUCGCCCGUGUUUGGGUCCCGGAGUCCAGCGGUGGUGUGUGCAGCGGAGAUAAUGGCAUUAGGCAGAAUACCGGUCGCGAUGCGGGGAACAUCGAGGCGGCCUUGUCCGGCGAGAGUGGCAACGUGCGGAGUGGUGAAGUCGAGCUGGACUUGCAGCAGCCAGACUUCCUGGUGUUUGUCCAGGACUUCAAGGAAAUGCUAGCCCUGUCCGUACACGGUCCUGUGAAAAGCUUCUGCUACCGGCGCCUGCGCUACCUGGAGCUGCGCUAUCAGAUGCACGAGCUGCUCAACGAACAGAAGGAGCUGGGCGCCCAGCGCGGUGUUCCUCAUCGCGACUUCUACAACGUUCGCAAGGUCGACACGCACAUCCACGCCGCGUCGUCCAUGAACCAAAAGCACCUGCUGCGCUUCAUCAAGCGCAAGAUGAGGCUGUCUCCCGACGAGAUCGUGUGCGUUCAAGACGGCAGGGGCAUGUCGCUGAGGGAGGUGUUCGAGAGUCUGAACAUCACCGCCUACGACCUGUCCGUAGACCGACUGGACAUGCAUGCUGAUCGCAAUACGUUCCACCGCUUUGAUAAGUUCAAUCUGAAGUACAACCCCAUCGGCCAGAGUCGCCUGCGUGAGAUCUUCCUGAAGUCGGAUAACCACGUGAAGGGUCGGUACUACGGCGAGGUGCUGCAGGAGGUGAUCAGUGACUUGGAGGACAGCAAGUACCAGAUGGCCGAGAUGCGGCUGAGCGUGUACGGCAAGUCUCCCGACGAGUGGCAGCGCUUGGCCUCCUGGGCGGUCGACAACAACCUGCGCAGUAGCAAUGUGCGCUGGCUGAUACAAGUGCCUCGCUUGUUCAAUGUCUAUCGCGAGAAAGGGCUUGUUCAGAGCUUCGAAGAGGUGCUGAGCAACAUCUUCUUGCCGCUGUUCAAUGCCACGCUGUACCCGGAGGAGUAUCCUGACAUUCACAGAUUCCUCGAUCAGGUAGUUGGCUUCGACAGUGUGGACGAUGAGAGCAAACCAGAGGUUGCACUGUCCAAGCACAUGCCGCAGCCAGCUCAGUGGACGUCUACACGCAACCCACCAUACGCUUACUACCUCUUCUAUAUGUAUGCCAACAUAGCGGCUCUCAACAACCUGAGACGACAGCGAGGCUUGAGCACGUUUUCACUGAGACCGCACUGCGGCGAGAGCGGGCCGGUGCAGCACCUGGCUGCAGCGUACCUUCUCGCCGAGAACAUCUCCCACGGACUGCUGCUGAGAAAGGUACCAGCUCUGCAGUACCUGUUCUACCUGGCUCAGGUCGGUGUGGCCAUGUCACCGCUCAGCAACAACUCUCUGUUCCUGGACUACACGCGCAACCCGCUGCCGGAAUUCCGCGCACGUGGCCUGCUGAUCUCGCUGUCCACGGACGAUCCACUCAUGUUCCACUACACCAAGGAACCUCUCAUCGAAGAAUAUAGCAUAGCUGCACAGGUGUGGAAGCUCAACUCCUGUGACCUGUCCGAGCUGGCCAGGAACAGUGUGCUGAUGAGCGGGUUCGAGCAUCGGGUGAAGCAGCAUUGGCUUGGCAAGGACUACGACCUGGAGGGCGUGCGUGGCAACGAGAUACGCUGCUCCAACAUACCCAACGUUCGCAUUGCUUAUCGCCACGAGACCCUCACCGAGGAGCUGACCGCCCUGAGCAGCCCAGGCAGUGACGGCGCGACGAGCAGAUGAGCGUUGGCACACGCAGAUGUAGGAGGCCAGGUGGCAGUGCCCGGGCGGUGAAGUUAAACUGUCUGACGGGAAUCCACCUUGCUCCAGCUGGGCUAGGCACGUCACGGCCUUCCCCCGGUCGACGCGUGGCCUUUCCCCCAGGCCAGGCCAGUCACUGCUGCUGGUCGUGCGAUGUGACGUAUAUGUACAUACAUCAUUGCCACGCCAUCUUAUUCACCUGCAGUGUGCUCUGGACUAGUGCAAAGUAGAUCUAGCCAUACCACGCUCUCUCCGGCUAGCCUUCCUUCUCAUGAGCGCAAGCAGCACCAUCGCAACAUUCUACCGCACUGCGUGCAAGAUAGACGCUGCGGCUGCAACGCGUCUUGUACUGUUGUGCCCGGGGGAUGGUAUUCGUGUCUCGCUCCUUCGUCUGUACGAUCCGUUUGCACAGGCGGCAACGUUCGUGGCAAAUCACACCAAUGUGCACUUCUUGCGGCAGCGUGGAGCGUAUUCAUCAAUUGCAUGAGCGUAGCCAAUAUUCUAUUCCACCUUCCACAAAGCAGCGUGUGCAUCCUGGCCGAAGACCGAAUGCACCAGUCAGUCACUCUGUUUGUGGGCAGUUCUCACUGUUCACUGUUGCAUCUAUUGCCCAGCUAACUGAGCAGAGCCAACACAGCCAGUCGUAGCCGGUCUUAUGGAGAAGAUCUGAGCCGCUCGGAAAUAAUUUACUUGUGUUUGCGGCAUACCAUGGUUAGAUUUGGCCGGCGAAUGUCGCGCCUUACGCCUGGAAACGGCUGACAAGCUAACAAUCUGCUGAUUAGGUACCGUUUGACGGUUGAUAUCUAUUCACUGUUGAGAAAUUCAUCUCGGUCCAAGCUGAGACUGCAAGCUACCACUAUAGCAGACCCAGCCAUGAUUAUAAUUAUGAAACCAAUAUUUAUUUCUAAAUUCCCAAUAUUUAUUUACCGGUAUAAUUAUUUUAGCUUGUGAGAACUGCUCAAAAUUCAAAGCCUUCUGACACCCUCCAAUUUCUAUUCGUUUUCUGUGUCUUUCUGAAAUUAAAAAAAAAGAGAACGUUCCCCGUGUCCCGUCCUGCUUUAGAUCCGUCCUCAUUUCCGCUUUCUGCCGGUUCCAAGGCCGAACGAGCCCACUCUGCAUUACCAAUAUUGACUGUCGCCUUCUGGCUGGAGCUGUCAACUUACUGAGACAUGGUGAGCCACU